AUGAACAUGUCAUACUUAAAAUAUUUAUUUUUUGGCUAUCUAGCUAUUUUAUGGAAAAUAAAUUAUGUACAUAGCACAAGCUUUUCCAAUUUAAAAUGGGAAUAUGAUUUUUAUAGCAUUGGAGAUUUACAUGGUGAUAAGGACGCAUUUAUAAGAAUAUUAUUAAAUGAAAGUAUAAUUGAUUUAGAAAAUAAUGUAAUUCGAAAUAAUGUAUUAACAGUUAUAACUGGCGAUGUGUUAGAUCCAACAUAUGAUGAUAUAGAUAUUAUAUUAUUUAUUAAGCAUUACAAUGAAAGUGGAAAAAGUUUAAAUAGUAAAAUAAUAUUACUUUUAGGUAAUCAUGAAGUAAGUAAUUUAUGUUUAAAAUUCAAAAAUCCUCAAGGAAACAUAGACGAUUAUAGAUAUAGGAAUGAUAUGUUUAGGAAAGGGGAAGAAAUAUAUAACUAUUUAAUUGAUAGUCCUUUUGUUGUAAAUGUGAAUAAUAUUACAUUUUCACAUGCAGGAGUGUUACCUUUUUACUCUACAUAUGGUAUUGAUUUUAUAAAUGAAGAAGGGAAAAAAGAAAUCAUAAAUAAUUGUGAAUUAUUAAAUCAAAAAAUGGAAAAGCAUCAAGAACUAUGUAUUGCUUGUGAAUAUGGGCCCACAUUAAAUAGGUAUUAUUCUUAUGUUAAUAAAAAUGCAUUUUCAGAUUCAAAGGUAUGUUCUUCGUUAUAUAAGUCUUUGGGAUUAUUAAAAUCUAGUAGGAUGGUUAUUGGGCACACUGUUCAGAAAAAUAAACAGGUUAAUAGUUAUUGUCAAGAUAAAUUAUUAUUAGCAGAUACAGGUAUUAGUAAAUGGAAAAAUGGAGUAAUAUCUUAUAUUCAGCAUUUUAAAGAUGGGUCAUAUAAAGUAAAAUAUAUAAAAAGAUAA